GGAAGAAGAAAAAGGAGAAGAAGAAGCAACAACUACUAUUGUAACUGUAACUUCAACUUCUCAUGCUACAGCUCCCAUAUUUUGGGGAAGUGUCAGGCUAGGGUUAGACCGAAUGUUUCUUUCUAGUUGUACAGUCGACAAAUGAUGGUUCCAGUGGAGAAAAAUGUGUUCGGGAUCUGGUCGAGUCUAGUGAAACGACGCUGUCGCAAUGAUUUUCGUUUUCUUGUACAUUCAAGUCAUCGUCCAAGUUCCAGUUCUAUCUGAAUGGCUGCUGGCACCACCACAGAACAUCCUUGUUGAGAAGGGGCUGCUGACAUGGACUAAUGCCACCCAGGAGGGAGGUGUCACCUACAGCGUUCAGUACCGCAGCCUUGACACCAAAGUGUGGAAAAAUGUAGCAGCCUGUGUCCAGACAUCUUUCAAGUUCUGUAACAUUACUUAUAUCAAAGCUGAGAAUGAGAAUGGCUGUGUUACGCUGCGUGUGCGUGCGGAGAGACGUGGGUUGACCUCAAAACCAGUCGAAGCCUGCAGCCAACAUGGCGAUUCCUGUUCCCCUGAAGUCAGUCUGACUCCAUGGCCUGGCUCCCUCACUGUUCACUUGAGUAGAAACCACAGUAUGGCUCUGGAACAUGGAGGCCACGUAAAACACAGAGUUUACUAUGGCAAGGAAGGAGAGUCACUACUGAAUCAUAUAGAUGGGGCCUCCUCAGUGUCUAUCCAUGGGCUGGAGGAGGGACAGCAUUACUGUAUAAAGGUCCAGUACAUCAACUACAAUAUCCCAGUUGGAGCAGAAAGCUGUACCCAGUGUGAGGUCAUCCCUGAGUCAAGAAACAACCAAAAACAAACACAAUUAACUGUAGCUGUGGUGGUUCCCAUCUUCCUGUUGAUUCUGAUACUUGUGAUUGCAUAUGUCCUCAUCUACCAAAGUGGGAGAAUCAAACACUGCCUGCGACCUCCAUAUGAAAUCUCAGAUAUUCUCCUUCAACCGUUUCCUGAGCAUCACAUUCUCAGCUCUACCAGCACCCCCAGUGAGAGCUACGAUGUCAUUUCAUCCAUUACCCCAGAAGAGUUCAAAGGAGAAUGAAAGCAGCUGCACUUUGUCCUUAUUUUCCUGUAGUGGGGAUCAGACCCGAGGUUGGACCUGUCUGAGUGACUUCCUGCAGCCUGCUGUCCCCACAUUUCUAUCUGCUUCUCCUGACGCCAGACUUUGUUCUGGCAUGGAUUCAGACUCAGGAUAAGCGUGACUUCAUUUACAGCUGAAUCUUAGUUGUUGGGAGGAAAAAGCUCACCAGACCACUUGUUAACACCUUCCCAAAAUGUGGUAUUGUCCCCACACUCUAUAAGUAUUAAGUAUAUAAAAAUGCUAAAAGGUUCAGAGAGGUUUGCACAGGGAUGUGUGUGUGCCAAAUUGAGAAAAAGAACUACAUAUGGACUGCAGCUGGUAGCAUUUUGCAUCUUUAUGAGAAUGCACCUGUGAAUGUUGUUUCCAGGAGAAGAAUUUGUAAGAUGACUAGUUGUGUGUCACUAUCCUACUAAAUUGAACAGAGUGCACUUUGAAUUGCCCACCUACACAGAGCUAGAGUUGACAUAAAUCAGCUCAUCAGAAAUAAAGUUGUAUGCAAACAGCCAUCACACACGAUCAGUAUACAGUGGUGUGAAAAAGUGUUUGCCCCCUUACUGAUUUCUUAUCUUUUUGCAUGUUUGUCACAC